AUGGGUCUUUUCUUAUCUGGUUUUCUUAACUUAUUGGAUUCUCUUCUCCAGCAGUUCAGCAGUUGCAUGAGCUUCGCAGAUUCACAAUCAGGAGGGUCAAUUAAUGGAACAGAUAGACUAGCCUUGUUGGCCAUUAAGGCUCGCAUAACCAAUGAUCCCUUUCAUGUUGUGAGCUCUUGGAAUGACUCCAUCCCCUAUUGCGAGUGGCCAGGCAUUAUCUGUGGUGAUUGCCGGCAUCCAAGCAGAGUCAAAGCCUUGCGUUUACAGCCUAGUGGGUUGGUGGGAUCCAUAGCUCUAGAAAUAGGAAACCUCAGUUUCCUUCAAGAGAUUUCUCUCUAUAACAAUAGCUUCCAUGAUGAAAUCCCUCGUGAAGUGAGCUUUCUCUUCAAGCGUCAUUAUUUGCUCCUAAACAACAAUUCUUUUGAAGGGGAAAUCUCACCCAACAUAUCACGAUGCUCCAACCUUAUAGAACUCAUUUUAGGUUUCAACAAAAUUGUGGGAAAAAUUCCAGUAAAACUUGGUCAAGUACCAACAGAUGGAGUCUUUCAAAAUUUGAGUGCAAUUUCAGUCAUUGGAAACAAUAAGCUUUGUGGAGCUACCGAUGAAUUUUCUUCCACAAAUUUGAUUGGAGUGAGGAGUUUUGGUUCUGUGUACAAAGGAGUUCUCAAUCAUGGGGAAACUAUUGUUGCAGUAAAGGUCCUUAACAUUAGACAAAGAGGUGCUUCUAAGAGUUUUUUGGUUGAAUGUGAAUCCUUGAGAAACAUCCGGCAUCGUAAUCUUGUAAGGAUCUUAACAUCUUGGUCAAGUAUAGAUUUUGAAGGCAAUCAGUUUAAGGCUUUAGUUUAUGAGUUCAUGCCUAGUGGGAAUUUGGAGAGUUGGUUACAUCCACAUGCAAAUAGCAUACAAGAUGAACAAAGACAUUUAAAUCUUGUACAAAGAUUGAAUAUUGCCAUUGAUAUGGCAACAACAUUGGAUUAUUUUCGCCACCAUUGUCAUACGCAGAUUAUUCACUGUGAUCUAAAUCCAAGCAAUAUUCUUCUCGAUGGUAAUUUGACUGCACAUUUGGGUGAUUGUGGGAUAUCAAGAAUUCUUUUAGCAUCCACAAAUAGAUCUCAAAAUCACACAAGCUCAAUCGAAAUAAAGGGAUCCAUUGGAUAUAUUGCACCGGAGUAUGGUGCUGGUGUUGAUGUUUCAACGCAUGGUGAUGUCUAUAAUUAUGGGAUUCUCUUGCUAGAUAUGUUUACAAGGAAGCGGCCUACUCAUGAAAUGUUCAAAGAUAAUUUUAAUCUUCACUACUGGGCUAAGAUGGUUUUGAAUGAUGGAGUGAUGGCUAUCGUUGACCCAUCACUUCUCUCGAUAGAAGAAGAUGAAAAUGAGGCAACAACAAUUGUCACCACAUCACUGAAAGUGGAACAUGCAUGA